UACUUUACUGUACUAACCCAACAAAGACAAAGAUCUAACCACUUGGGUUGUGUGCACUGUUUCACAGUUAUAUAUCCUCUCACCUCGCCAACCAAACCCCCUAGGAUCUUGCACACUUGCCUCCUUCCUCUUUUCUCACUCGUUCUUUACUCUUCUUCUUCUUCAAAAAGCAAAUCCCUUUCCCUUCCUUUGCUUUCCUCUCAUUUCUCUUCUCUCAAGUUGCAGAAACAAGAAAAUGCCUAUCAAUAAAGACCCUUCAACACCACCUCCCAUGAUUGGCAAAAUUGGGCCCUAUACUGUCUUCAUGACCCCACCUUCCACUCCCAGUCCCAAGUCUACUGCUACUGCUGCUGCUGCUAAUGAAUCAACAUUUCCUGUCUUUGAUUCACCUAAGAAGGUUGUUUCACCUCCUCCCGUCCAGCCUCCUCCUCAACAGAUUGACAAGUCUGUUUAUUCUCAUCAAGUUGCAGAUGGGUCUGUUCUUGGCCUCUUCAAAAAUGCUGUCAACAAAGUUCAAAAUGCGCAUUCAAGCUUGGAUGACCAUUUGGCAAGAUGGUUUGGGUUAAAUCAAUCUAAGUAUCAGUGGGCUUUGGAUGAUUACUAUGAAACCAAGGGUCUGGAAAAGGAAGGUGCUAAAGCCAAAGAAAUAUCUAGCAAAGUACAGAGUGUGUAGCAUGGUUUGCCUGGUAAUUUUACAGAAAAGAACCAUCUCGAAUCUCCUUUUCAUACCAUAUCUGUAUUAGGUAAUGGGAUUGCAGAAAUGCAUCUGGAUGCUUGAGUGGACCAUUGUGCAAGUUUUUGAGAUCUGCUCGUUUGAAUUUUCUACUUGCUGCCGCAGCUAACCAGAAUUCGGUUGUGCACUAGGCUGUGAAUUAUGUAACCUUACAAUAUUUUCAUGCCCCGAUAUCUGUUAUGUACUCUGUUGAGCUGCAAUCUAAUAACAGUACUAUCAAGUUGCGAGGAUAUAUUAUAAUGUAUUUGUACCUAUAAUUUAACUAAAGUAGUAUUUGAAAUGAGUAUAUUGUAUCAAGGUUUUUUAUGUGUAUAA